AUGGCAUGGUGCUUCAAUAGGUUCUGGCGUGGGGAUGUCAAAUUGUUAAUUGAUGAUGUUGGGGAACUAAAACCAACUAUUUUCUGUGUUGUUCCCCGUGUGCUUGAUAGAGUGUACUCAGGUUUGACACAGAAGAUUUCUUCUGGGGGCUUCUUGAAGAAGACAUUAUCCAACUUUGCUUAUUCAUAUAAGCUUAAUAACAUGAAGAAAGGGAUUAGACAUGGAGAGGCAUCUCCACUUCUUGAUAAAAUUGUGUUUGACAAGGUAAAGCAAGGUUUAGGGGGUAGAGUACGUCUUAUUUUAUCUAGAGUCGCACCUUUAUCUACACAUGUGGAAGAAGAUAUUGUAGACAUCUUUAUGGUCCUUGUACUAGAUUAUGGCCUUGAUGUCUUGUCACUCUAA